AUGGCUGACAAGAACCAACAAGUUUAUCCUUUGGCUCCGGCUAACGGGUACGUAAGAAGUGAUGGAGAGUCUUUGUCCGAAGAUGAGCUCAAGCGCAAGAAGAGAAUCAAGUGCUUUGCUUAUAUUGGUAUUUUCAUUGUGUUCCAGAUCGCAGUAAUGACCGUGUUUGGUCUCACUGUGAUGAAAGUCAAGACCCCCAAGGUUAGACUCGGCACAAUCACCAUCACAGACUUCACCUCUUCCAAUACAGCGCCUUCAUUCAACACAACCUUCAACACCCAAAUCAGGGUCAAGAACACCAACUGGGGUCCUUACAAGUUCGACCAAGGCACCGUGACAUUCAUGUACCAAAAUACAGCUAUUGGGACAGUCAAUGUACCCAAGGGCAAGGCCGGGAUGCGUGGCACCAAGAAGAUCAACGUGAAUGUGAGCUUGAACACCGAAGCAUUGACGACCGCCUCUACCCUCGUCAGUGAAUUGAACGGCGGAGUUUUGACACUGAAUAGCGAAGCAACAUUAACCGGAAAGGUUGAGUUGAUGUUGAUCAUGAAGAAGAAGAAGUCUGCGACUAUGAGCUGCACCAUAAAAAUUGAUGUGUCCGGGAAGAAAGUCAAUAGUUUAGAAUGCAAGUGA